AUGGUUACAUUACCAAGGCCAUACAACAAUAUCGAUGAAUAUGUAGAAGAUCUCAUCGAUUUCAUUGACACGCCCCUAGUUCGCCAGAUUACUGGGGACAUCCACGUUAACGACUCACUCAUCUACAAUGCCUGGGACGCCCUACCCGCCGACUGGACAUCGUGGUGGGCAUCGUUUCCAGAUCAUCGCAUAGCUCAGCAAGACUUGAUCGACAGCAUUGAAGAGCUGGAACCUUCACUUCCGGCAAAUGACGAAGCAGAUGAAAGACAACGGCAUCAACCCUUACUAAAUCGGCCAGAGUCGCUGUCUAAGUGGCUCAAGAGCGUCCAGUCCCUCGCCCUUCCACGAGACCAACGCCCCAGCAAAACUAUCGCGCUACCAGAGACCCUAACAAGUCGCAUGAAGACCAAAAAGAUUGCAGAAGUAUCCACCGCCGCCGCAUACAUCCACAUCGUCUGCCAAACCAACAACAUAACCCACAUCAUCGACAUGGGCUCAGGCCAAGGCUACCUCACCAUAGCACUAGCCUACCUCUUCCCAGAGCUCCACGUACUAGCCAUCGACGGCAGCGAGUCCCAGAUCGCAGCCUCGAAGGCCUGCGCAGCCAGUCUUGGUAUUCCUGAAAGCAGGAUCCAGCAUAUGCGGCGCUACAUCAACGGCACGCCACCUUUGGCGGAUGAGAUAGCUGCCUGGGCUGGAGACGAAAAGUGCGUGCUCGUCGGUCUCCACGCGUGCGGGAAUCUCUCUGAGCAUAUGCUGCGGUACUUCACCACCGUCCCAUUCAUCGUGUGUCUAGGCGCCGUCGGAUGCUGCUACAACCACAUCGUCCCGCGUUCCGCCGCUUGUCCUGAUGGAUUCCCCAUCAGUGCAAAAAUGCGCGAGAAAAACGUCACACUGAGUGCCACGGCGCUUAUGACGGGCUGUCAGGCGCCGAAUAACUGGGAAAGGGCUGAUGCGAGCAAGGAGGAGUCGGCGUACUCCAAACGGCGCUUCUACCGAGCCUUGUUGGAGAAGAUCUUCCACGAUAAAGGGAUAGAGCUCGACAAGGAGGACAGGCCGGUGUGGGGUGUGCGGAAGGGAGAUAUGGCUAGCUUCAACGCCUUAUGA